AUGGCGGCAAAGCUGCUUACUUAUUUGUACAUUUUUUGGUUUUUUUUUCCAGAUACUGAGCGUCUCUAUACAGAAGUAUUUCAAGAGAUCUGUCAGCGUUUUGGAAAGACCUAUAGCUGGGAUGUGAAAUCCUCGGUUCUAGGUAGACAGGCCCCAGAAGCAGCAGAGCUUAUUCUAAGUUCUCUAGAUCUUCCAAUAGCCAAAGAAGAGUUCUUAGUGGAGAGUAAAAUGAAGCUGGAGAAGAUAUUCCAUACUGCUGAGUUGAUGCCAGGGGUCAGUAAGCUGGUCCAUCAUUUACACAAACACAAGAUACCCAUAGCUGUUGCCAGCAGCUCGAGUGAAGCGUCAUAUCAGAUAAAAAUAACCAGACACAAGGACUUAUUUGGUCUUUUUCAUCAUGCUGUGUUGGGAGAUGACCCUGAAUUGAAGCGAGGCAAGCCACAUCCUGAUCCAUUUUUACUUUGUGCAAAGAGAUUUAACCCUCCUGCACCACCAGAAAAGUGUCUUGUGUUUGAAGAUUCACCACAGGGAGUCACAGGAGCCCUGGCAGCAGGAAUGCAAGUGGUUAUGAUUCCAGAUGAAAAUUUAAAUCCAGAUCUUAGAAAGGAGGCAACAGUGGUGCUGAAUUCCAUGGAAGAUUUCCAACCAGAACUAUUUGGUUUACCAGCAUAUGAUUGAUGCCUUAUGCUAUGAACGUUUCCUUUACUGGAGAUAAAUUAAAAGUUAAAUGAAAUUUUAUUUUGGUUUUAUUAUUGCUUUUCAUAUUUUGCUCAAAGCUAGAGCACAAAAAUCCUGUUAACACUCAGGCUUUUACACAUUACCUUUGAUGGAUUGUCUGGAAUGUUUAUGAUAUGUCCUUUUGAUAAAUGCUAAAUUAAAGCAAAGUUAAGUGAAUCCAACCUUGUUCUAUUCACAUCAUAAUGUUUUCUGGGAAUAUUAUGAAACUAUUUGGACAAUUUAUUGUAACUGCAUUGGAAGCCUCUUGUUCUGUUUCCACUUGAAUUACUUACUGUUUACAUCAUAAUCAGAAAUCUGUUCUGGAUUGCCUUUUAUCCCAUUAAAAUGUUUUUUACACC